ACAUUCCACACGCAACAGGGGCGGGGAGGGACUCAGCAACAACGAGCAAAGUGCUGGAACAGUGCGGUCUCUGGAACAACUGGUCCCCACAAAGGUUAGAAAUAUGGGUUUCGUGGCCCUUGAACGAAAACAAGAGCCAUUUUUUCCCGAAACUGGCAGUUAACUACGCAGUGGACGAAGACUGGUUUCAUUUAAUGGUGUAAUACGUGAGUUAUUUGGAGUUUAACAUGUGGGAGAUGGUGGGUUUUUCGAGAUCCUCGUUGUCUAAGAGAACAAGAUGGCAGCAUUGCAGGCAAACCGAGCAUGGUGUGGGUACUUGUUAACUCGUUAGCAUGUUCAGAGAAGCCCUGGAUUCUGUCAUUUACUAUUGUUUAUAAAAGGUAUGACCUCACACGUUUUGGUCUACCCACCACACGUUUAUCAAACCCAAACAAGUGCCUUUUGCAGUGUGAAGAAACCCACAGUUGAGCUCAAUCGCUGUGUUUUUCAUAGGAGGACCCUGCAGACCUAUAUAAUUGGAGUAAACCUUGGCAUUGCUAAGCCUACCAAUAUCCUCCUUUCAAUUAAGACGAAAGUGUCUUGUAGACCCCAGAGUGGGCAGGACUUAUCUUUGCAGACAGCUACAUCCCUGAAAGAAGUACACAGGGAGUUGCACCAAAAAACGCCCCCCAAGGCAAGGGUCCAGAGAAGCUGAGGCUGCAGGCGGACAGCAGUGUAGGUGCAGUCACCCUGGGUUUCGGGGACUGUGGCUAGAGAAGCAGCAGUGAACAAGGUGAAGGAGGUAGUUCAAACCUCCACUGUGCUCUAAUUGGACAGCUUCCUGCGAUGUGGGCUGAACUGUAAGGGUGAGUGGAGAACAGUGGGAAAGCCAUGCAGAUAGUGGAGGACAUUUCCAUGAUACCUGCCAUGUUGCAAACUAAUGUAGGGAACAAGAACACCAUGGGGGCAGUGUCCCCCAAACAGAAUGUUGGUGGGACUGGGGCUCGUAAUGCGGCAGGGGAUGGGGACUACCAGUUGGUGCAGCACGAGGUCUUGUGCUCCAUGAAGAACACUUAUGAGGUGCUGGAGUUCCUAGGUCGUGGCACCUUCGGACAGGUGGUGAAGUGUUGGAAGCGAGGCACAGGAGAGGUUGUGGCUAUCAAGAUCUUGAAGAACCACCCAUCGUAUGCAAGGCAGGGCCAGAUUGAGGUGGGCAUCCUUGCCCGUCUGAGUGGGGAGAACGCUGAUGAGCACAACCUGGUGCGGGCAUUCGAGUGCUUCCAGCAUCGCAGCCACACUUGCCUGGUGUUUGAAAUGCUGGAGCAAAACCUCUAUGACUUUCUCAAGCAGAACAAGUUCAGCCCGCUGCCAUUGAAGGUGAUCAGACCGGUCUUACAGCAGGUGGCCACUGCGCUGAAGAAGCUCAAGAGCUUGGGCCUGAUCCACGCUGACCUGAAGCCGGAGAACAUUAUGCUGGUGGACCCGGUGCGACAGCCUUACCGGGUGAAAGUGAUCGACUUUGGCUCGGCCAGCCACGUGUCCAAAGCCGUGUGCUCCACGUACCUGCAGUCACGCUACUACAGGGCUCCAGAGAUCAUCCUGGGCCUGCCGUUCUGUGAGGCCAUCGACAUGUGGUCCCUGGGCUGUGUCAUCGCUGAGCUCUUCCUGGGAUGGCCCCUCUACCCAGGAGCACUGGAGUAUGACCAGAUUCGCUACAUAUCUCAGACACAAGGGUUGCCAGGGGAGCAACUGCUGAACGUGGGAACCAAGACUCCCCGCUUCUUCUGCAAAGAGUCUGACUCGCCUUAUGCUCCCUGGAGACUGAAGCUGACAGGGGAACAUGAAACUGAGACUGGGAUGAAAUCCAAAGAGGCCAGGAAGUACAUCUUUAGCAGUCUAGAUGACAUGGCACAUGUGAAUCUGGUGCUGAACAUGAAGGGCAGUGACUCGUUGGCGGAGAAGGCCGACCGGAGGGAGUAUGUGGGCCUGCUGAAGACCAUGUUGCUAAUUGAUGCUGAGAAGAGGAUUGCUCCCCACGAUGCCCUCAACCAUCCCUUUGUCACCAUGGAGCACCUCCUCGACUUCCCCCACAGCAAUCAUGUUCAAUCAUGUUUCCAAAUCAUGGAUGCCUGUCAAUCACGGCCCAACACGUACAACACACUCAACCGCAACAAAGCCCUGUUCCCCAGACCCUCAACCAACUCAGCUGGACUGCCGAUGGCCUUCAGUAAGAUGGGAUCAGUUCGCUCUCAGGCUUUGACGCAAUCUGCUCCCUCUGUGAUGCAUCCUGGGAUGCUGCAGACAGGAACCAGUCAGUUUGGAUGUAAUGACUCCUUUCAGCCAGCCCUCAUCCUCUGCCCCCCAGCUAUACAAGGUAAUCCAAACCAGCCAGGAUAUACAGUUAGGAUGGAAAACACAAUACCGAUGGUGACCCAAGCCCCUCCCAUACAGCCUUUACACAUGCGACCCGGAGUCAUAGCACAGCAACCGUGGUCAAGUAGAAACCAGCAGAUCCUAAUACCAGCCUGGCAGCAAGUGGCUCCCCCUCCCACCACUAUGGCUUCUGAUUCUGCGGGUGGCCCACAGAGGCUCAGUGACUGGGGGAAAGUUCGGCAACACAGCAACCAUUACAGCAACAUGAUGCAGCCUCUUCUAACCAACCAAAUGGCCAUGUCUGGUCCACAACCAAUCAACAUUGGCAUUGCACACGUGGUGUGGCCACAGCCGCACACCAACAAUAGGAACCGGCCCAGUCAGAGCCGCAGCAUGCACUACUCCCACAACAAUGGCAACAUCCAAAUCUCAAUGUGCCGCUCUCCAAAGAUGGCCGACCGUGUUAGUCACGCAGGAGGAGGAGGAGAUGGUUCCCGUGGGGAGAGGCCUGAGGUGGAGGUUCAGCAGGAAAGACGACAUGAGGAGGAGGUGAGCUGCUGUAAGGCAGUGGAGGAUGAGAGGAUAGACAUGUCCCACCAGCAGCGAGAGUCUGUGGUCAUCGACGACCUGCCCAGCCCCACCAUCAGCGUCAUCAGCAGUGACACGGACGGAGAGGAGGGUUCCUCUUGCAGGUUCAAAGGCAGCCCUGACUGCGAGGCGUGUAAGAGCUCUCUGAACAUGGAGCGGGUGUGUUCCCUCAGCAGCCCAGACAGCACCCUGAGCACCAGCUCCUCUGCCUCGGUGCAGUCCAGCCCGUCCCCCUGUAAGAGGCCCAACAGCAUGUCUGAGGACGAUGGUCAUGAGAGUGGCUGCGAGACGGUAGACGGUUCCCCUGCCUCGGACUCCAGCCGGAGCCAGAGCCCCUACCUGGAGAGCCGCUACCUAGGCAACCACAGCCAUCAAUCUCUGAGCAUGAGUACGAGUGGCAUGGCCCCCCAGAAGGAGCCCAGCAAUCCCCCUGUGAGAACCAUGGUGGUGCCACCUUUGAAGGUGGUGCUGAACAACAACAUGGACCUGCACACAGACCGAACGGGUAUUUUUGAAUGGGCUACGUCUCAAUCCACCAUAUCGGCCUUCCACAUCUGCAGUGAAAGUCUUCGAAUCCUCAUGCCAGUCCAAAAGGCGCUGUGCCCCUGGACGACUGAACCACCACCACCCCCGGCAGCAACAGAAGAUGACCACAUUCCAGCAGCAGCCCCUGGGCUUCGGCCAGCCUCAUGUCCAGCAAUACAGCUCCUGCCACAAGGAAUGGAACGGAAAUUAUGGGCUGCAUCGGCGGCCGCACGCUUACAUCCCUCCCACGGUACACGGCCACGCUUUCACCCCCACCCACAACUCGGGGCCUCACGCCCAGACCACCCUGCUCUCCUAUCCUCCCUCUGCGCCCGUCGCCCACCUCCUGGCCUCGCCCUGCGCCCAGCGGCCCGUCCUACAACCCGCCUUCGGCAUCUCCCACCCUGGCAGCAUUGUCCACCAGGUGACCAUGGGCAUCAACCACCGCCUGCUGCCCUCACCCACCAUCCACCACCAGGGCCAGUUUGGGCCCCUCUUUCCCCCACACUCCUACAUCGCCUCGCCAGCCUAUACAGGCUUCCCCCUCAGCCCCACCAAACUCAACCAGUACCCUUACCUCUGAGCACCAGCCGCCCAGGGCCAUAGGCCAGCAAGGGCAGCCAGAAGUGACAACGUUAACCAAGGCCUUCAUCCGUCAUCUCUCAAGUUAUGACAGAGAAAGAACCCCCCCCCCCCCCUCCAGGCUUCAACAAAUCAUGUUGGUUGAUGAUGAUAGGAUUUAAACCUGGGGGGAAAAAAUAUUGAAAAAAGAAUGAAUCAACGAUUUAAAAAAUUCUCACUUUUAAUGGGUUUUUGCACUUUUGUGCUACAGUGUCAUUUGGAGCGUAAGUCUCACAGUACAGUCUCACGGUACACAUUGUUCUCAGCCCUGUUUCUCCCCCUUUUUCUAUAUUGCCUUCUACCUAGCAUGUGUGCUAGUCACAUCACUCGUUAAGCCAUCCCAGUCUCCAGUGCUAGGACAAAUGUCUCCGUUGGUUCUUUGUGGUGUAAAGGUGUUCCCUAAUGACCUAGGUAUUUUCAGUGUGUACCGUCAGUGGUCUGAAAAGGUUGUUCUGCAUGCCUUCGCAUGGGAAAAAUAACUUUGUAAAGUUGUUGACAGUUAGAUGUCACUCCUGUGUACUGUGAGACUUACUACAUCGUAACCUGUUCCCACACCUACUAGUGCCUUCAAUAUCUGAGGUUGUUAAUGUUACUUCUGGCGUUUAUAGAUGUAUCAUGUACUGGACUGCAGCACUUGAAUAUCUGAUUAUUUUCACUCAUAUGCUUUUGCCUAUCAGAUAAUCAAAUAAGUAAUACUUAUUUGGGCUCAUUGUAUUUUGGGGGUAAAGAUUCACUAUGCAGAAAUGACUCUGCCAUUUCCUGGUUGCAAAAAUUCUAAUGUUUCGGCAAAUUUCAGUUUGAGACAAAACAAUCAAGUAUAGAGUAGAGAAUCAUUGUACCAUCUAAACCGCUGUGAAAUAUAUUUUCCAUAACCAAAAAUAUUGUAUUUUUAGCUGUUUGAAGCUGUUGUACAAAAACUAAACUUAAGAAUGGGAAGCAUAGAAAUAGCGCACAUAGCUACUGAUUCUUAGACAUGCUUUCAAUGAGAAGGACAGAUCUAGAACACACAUUUCUAUAUAUGUGAAUUUUGUCCGGUAGCCCAAAAAGAUACAUUGCAGCUUUAAGCUUAUUUUAUGCUUUAGGCAAAUGUUUAUUUGGUUUUGGACUUUUCCUGAAUGAACUAAUGUACAAACAAAAGGUGAAUUAUUUAACAUUUAUCAAUUUCUAGUCUAGUUUCAAGUACUUAAUUACUAACAGUAUUGACACUGUUUAUUGGAACUGCAAUACAAUCUACAUAUAGCCGCUGGUUUUCUGCGUUAUUGUAUUUACAGCCUUUUCUUAGCGUAAUACCGAUGUGGGGCAUGGCAUUGACUAUAAACAAACAUGCAAAUAGUUGGUUGAUUCUUUGUAUGAUCUCAUAUAUCUUCAGAAAACUGUAGUGUUUUGAUAUACCGUCUAUUAACCUAGUGUAUCAUUGCUGGACUAUAGUGCUUGACAAGGUGUAUUGGUUAAGUGCAAUUUCCGCAUUAGACUUAUACUUUAUUUUAUUGUUCCAUUUGUUGAGGUUUUUUUAAUGUGUCAACUGCUUAUUUUAUACAUUCUGUCAGGGAGGAUGUAUCAUUUUGUGUGAAUUGUUUUUAAUUGCUAGUGUGUGAAUUAGGUUUUUGUUUUUUCUUACUUACAAAUGAAAAUGCUUUUUCAGCACCAAAGACUGUAAUUCAUCCCAAGCAAGGUAGCUACUCUUUCUUUUCCCGUUGUCUUCAAGUAUACUGUAGUCAUGAAGAUGGAAUAUAUUGAGAAAAAAUAUAUUUUAAAAAGGUUUGUUUUAAGCAUUUUGGGCAAGUCAUGUCAUAUAUCUUGAAUGCAUCAUAGAUGAGCUGCUAUGUACUGAUUACCACUUCAAAAUAGCUGUGAAUUUAGGGGAUUAUCUUAGUUCUUACUAUGCAUUCUUACUUUUGUAUAGUUCUAAUUACCAUAUACUAGAAGUGGGUUUUAUUUGAGUAUAGUGACUGGCAUAAAGACUUGUUAGUGCCUCUGUAUAUUUGCUUUGAUGUUUGAAGUGUGAUUGGAACUACUGUAUUACAAGUAAUGGAAUUAAGUGUUUUGUUGUUUUUGUGUGCAUAUAGCAUCAGUAUUUUAUAUUUUUAAUCAUAGGUUGGGUUCAUCAUUGCAUACAGUAGUUGUGUUGACAAUUUUGCUUAUCGAUUUUAGUUAUUGAUCUGUUAACAUCCUGAAAAGCCUAAAGAUUAUUCACAUUAUUGAUUGACAGUUCUAUAUUACCAUGCAGAUAUAUUUACUGCAACACCUCUAUUUGGUCCCCACCUUUACAUUGGGUUGUAGAGAUGCCUUCACGUGUGUAAUAUUAGUUAUGAAACGCAUCAGUAAGCACUUAUUGAAAGUUUAACAAGCUCAUCAGGUUUGGGUUGUGGCAAAAUCCCACACAGUUUUCGUGAAAUUGCUGUGGUCAAUGAAGUGCUUGACUAAUAUGGAUUUUUCUAGCCAUCUAUUUUAAUUAAGACUAUUAAUUAUUAUUUUUUGUAUCUAAAGUGAAUUGUGAAAGAUUUUCUACAGAUUAUUCUUAUCUAUUCAUAAUGGCAGACUGGUGUGAAUUAUUAAACAUUUUUCUGUCAUAACUCAUUAAUCCAAACAAGGGCAACUGUCAAAUGAUGACAGACUAUAUUUUCUAAUCUUGCUAGCCCUUUUGUAAUCUUUCAAUACAUUGUGGACUGUGAAAGAUUGAAUAUGUUUACUCACUAGCCCCCCAACUCCAGACACACAAAUAGCAUUUUUCUCACUCUGACAGUGUCUACAACUAGUGCCUUUUCAAAUUUUGGUCAAGAGAACUGUUGGUUGAUAACUCCAUGGCCCCUAGCCAGUCUCCUGCAGAGUCAAGUGUGGCAGUAGAGUGCAAUGUGGACGCUCCUCAACAGAGUGGAGUAUUUCCCACCAGAGUGGUAGGAUGUUAGGAUUAUGCAGCCUCAUGUUUUAUCAGGACUUCUGCAGCCUGUUCAAAUCCUCAUGUUUCUCACAUUUGCUACGAAGUGAGAAAGCACUCUGCUUUUGGACUCAAGUGUACAAUUUAGUAGAGCUGACAAACACAAUGCAUUCUCCUUUCUGAGGAGCUCUUCUGGGUGCUGGCUGUUAUCUUCAGAUCACUCAAUCCCAAUGCUCAACCUUAACCAUAUGGUCUGAAUCUAUAUAGCUUUUCUACAGAACAUAAAAAGACAAUUAUUCUUAGUCAGGGAAUAUUUUAUACAUAUAACACUCAACACAGUUUUGUCUUUUUUAUUGAACAUGACAAAUGCAAAGCUUUACAUACACUGUGAAUGUAUUUGUGGAGUUGAAUUUUUGGGGGCUUUGCAGACAUGACAAUGUAUUUGUUGCAUUUUUUGAUGGCUACAGCUAUUUCUAUUCUGUAUAUGAUAAACAUCUGUUUUGAUUGAUCACUUGUUGGUAUUUGCUUUAACAAACCACAUACACACAGAUUAGGUCCAAAGUUGUCACUUUUUAAGUCUAUACUGCAACUAAUGUAUUAUGUUAUGUCAUGCUAUUAUAAUUAAUUCAGGGUAUUUGUAUUGUCCAAUAUGCCACUGCAUUAAUCUUCAAUCCUUUCCACUUGGUUUGAUUGCUUUGGAUCUUGUUUGCAGUUAUUUCACCUGUUAGUAUAAGUUGUAUUACACUUCAAGUGAUAGGGUAAUACACGUAGUAAACGCAGCAUAUAGACUUUAUUGCUAAAUUGGAAGUGUUAACUGUUUUAUUGUGUAGUUUCUGUGGCUUUAUUUUAAUAUGCUUUUGGUUUUAUGCUACACUAGUUUGCCAUGUAGCAACUGCACUGUGCAAUAUAAUAUGAGAACUGGGAAAAUGUAUUAUUUUGGAUGUAAUGUCUCUUACAGUUUGCGGUCGUAUUUCUCUCUAGUUCUCAGUGAUUUCAAUGUGACCAAGCCUUAUUUACUUUGUCACAAAAAGCGGGUUUUCCUAGUGACUGUUGGAGUGUCAAAUUUAAGAAUUGAUGGUGUACUAUUGUAAAAAUUCACUUUGAAUAAAAAAAAUAUUGCUUCACCCUU